CCCAGCUUGUGAGAUAGGAGAUAGGUUUAGUUUGUCGAAAUAGAAGCUGAGGGCUGGUUAGAUCCUUUGCAAACGAUGGAAUUAAUCCACCCGCGACAAGAAUUGAUUGGCACUGUAAGGGUCUGUAUUAGUCACCCCAAGUAAUGGCCGUUCGGCAUUGAAAACGGGCGGUCCCUCACCCCACGCAACCAGCCUAGCUCUGGUGAGUCAGCCAAUAGCGGAAUCAACAGACCAUCCCCACUCUUGCAUUAGUCCAAGAUGUGGAAAGGACUUGUGUCACUUGGAUAGCUCAGCAUGUUCUCCGCAUGUUUUCUCCGUUACCGUUUCCGCUGCAAGUUUUGGUGUCCCUGCCCUGUACAAAAAACGAUGCCGUCCAAACGCCGCAACAACGGGCGAUCCAAGCACGGCCGUGGCCACACGGCCAUCGUGCGAUGCUCCAACUGCUGCCGCUGUGUCCCGAAGGACAAGGCCAUCAAGCGCUUCCAGGUUCGCAACAUGGUGGAUGCCUCCUCCCAGCGUGACUUGCGCGAAGCCUCGGUCUAUCAGACCUUCAUGCUCCCAAAGCUCUACAUGAAGAUGCUUUACUGUGUCUCCUGUGCGAUUCACGGACGCGUGGUGCGAGUGCGCAACAAGGUGCUGCGAGCAAGCCCAGAAGGUCGCAUCUACAAGCCUCCUCAGGGAAAGGGUGGCGGCAAGGGCAAUUGAAGACAGACUUGAAAGAGGGACAUCUAGACACAGACCACCCUCGAACAGAGACAGAAUUAAA